AUGCCUGCCGCAAUCCCAUCCUCGACUUCCACCAUCGCCAGCCCGGACGUUAGAACUAUCGUUACACCCGUUCUCUCUGCCCUUCCCGGUGCGGCUGCCUCCCAAGAACCCCCCUCGGCUGUUCUGCCGUCCCUCUCACCCAUUCUUCGCCAGCGCGUCCAGCUCCUAUCGUCUUCCAACGCCGAGCCAUGGAUCCGGCUGCUGAGCUAUGACCCCACCAAGGUGGCUCAACUAACAAGCAUCGCUCAGAGUGGCGACUUGGACCCCCAUCCCGUGUCGGGGGAGAUCGAGGUGGACUGGGACUACGAUAUUGACACGACCUACAAGAGGCUCGACCAGGAAACACUCCAGGCCUUGGUCGUGCUCAAGGAGCGGAAUCUCUUUUUCCGGCUCGUCUACUGCACCGGGGACCCGGACGGUGGCGGUGACGGCUGGCGGGUUGGCGAGGUGGGAGUUGCGGACUCGUCCACUGCGACCAACACAUUCGGCGGUGCUUCCGGUGUUGUCGAGGCCGAGACGCUGUUCCGGGCAGCAAAAUCGACCAAGACCACCAACGGCCUGGCUCCCACCAAUGGCGGCCAUACCAACAAUGCAUCCAAACCCAUAUGGGGCGCACCAUCUACCACCAAGGAGGAGGCGGAGGAGGAAGACGAUGAUGACGAUUACUGGGCCCGGUACGAUGCGACCCCGUCUAGGACACCGGCCGUCAAAAGUUCACCGGCCCCACGAGCUGCUGCCGCACAAACUUCUCAGCCUGAAACCUCUACUGAAGCCGAGGAUGCCUACUUUUCGCAGUACGACUCCGUCCAACCAGCUAUGGACAACCACGAUCCCGACGAAGAGGCCGCAAUCCUAGAGAACCCCGUGCUCACCCAGCGACCUCUCGGCCUGGGAACUACCGCAACCGCACCCAAACCCCAAGAACAACCCACCGACGGCCCCGUCCUUGCCCAUCCGGUCCCGCGCAAGCCAGAAUCGGUGCGCUCCGCGGGCUCGCGCAACAGCCAAGAAGAGUCCUGGGUACUGGCGAACCCGACAACAUCGGGCCGGCCCGGUAGUGCGGGCUCCAACUCGUCGCAGACGGUGGCCCGGCUCGAGGAGGUGGCUGAAAGCCGCGAGCAAACCGAGUUUGGCGUCAAGCAGCACAUCUCGCGGAGCAUCCGCAGUCUGUUCCUGCUCUCACGGGCAUCGGGGAUCGACAGGGAGGAAUUUGAAAGCAUGGUCCGACGGGAGUUGGAUGUAUUGGGUAUGGUGGAGACUGAUAUCUAA